CCGUUCCGUGACGUGUGAUUUGCGUCUCCGUGUUUCGUGUGCGUUUUUUUCUUCUGCAUGCAAAAGCAAUAAAAAAAAGUUGCAUUUCAUACAAAUAAUACAACAUACGGUAUCCGGUUCCGUGUCCGAGUCGUCCACUAGGCAGCUUAAAUCCGGGUAGAUCUGAACGUGAAACAAAAAAUAUUUAAUAUUCGAUCGGAGAAGCUGAUAGCUUUGAAAGUCUCCGAGAGAAUGAAUAAAAUUUAAUACGCUCCGUAACUCAGCAGACAUCUCUCGCAAACUGUCCUACGAAAAACUCUCGGACUCAGACCCGUGUGUGCGGUAUGUGUGUAUACGUUUGUUGACUCGACACUCAAAAUUCGUCACAGUAAGCAAGGUGUUUGAGAGAGUAGCUUCAUCAUAGCAACUAGUAUUGUGCAGAGUGUUGAAGUACAGUGAAGUGAGUGCAAAUAAAGAAAAAAAGUAGUGAAAGAAAAGUUUAAAAUACUUCUGAAGCUGGAGGAAAAUCGUAGGAAGGAAAAAUAGUUGCCAGAGCAGGUGCAUUCAAUUUGCUUCUCCGCCAGCCGGUAGACCACCGUGCAGCAUUCUCAAUCUUCUCGCGAAUAGCGCUGCACCGUGUUGAUAUGGGUGUUUAAAAGAAAAAAUUCUUUCCGUCUGCAUCCGGAAAAUUCAACUAGUGCAACUAGCCAGUUCUGUCUCGGCGAAGUGAAAUCCUUUCUAAAGUGACAAUAAGUGUUUUGUCGUCGCGUAAACGUGCAAACGGGCCCGUCUGGGGCUGGCAGAACAACAACGGUGCCCGAGACACCGAAGACGGUGAAGCUCGAACACCAAUACCGACGAAACAAGCCGAUACGGUCGGCCAUUCUCACCUUCUGGGUGAUUGACUUCUAACUUGUUCAUUCGACAACGAGCGCUAAAUACUAGCGCUAGAGAAUCACACACACACCCCACAAGUGACAUCUAAAUCGAGAAGACAAAUCGUCGUCGCACCGAGGAUCGCGGUGCAUUCGCGCGUGCUCGUUCCGAUUUUUCGCCUCGCGUCGAGCCCCAUUGUGUUCGAUUACACACGUCGCGUAUUAAUUACUCGGAGGCGCCGGUUUAAAUUAAUUGUCGCACGGUCGCUUGCUUGGUCGCGGUCUGUCGUCGAUUUUGCCAUCGAAGUUCUCUCGGGCUACACGCACAACUGCGUGCAGAAUUGCAGACCAAGAAACAGUGUUUCUUCUGACUCGGGGUCGAACCGAAUUCGGCAUUUUUUGCCGGUAUUCCUCGCGGGGUGCUGCGUGUGAAAACGGAGAAGUGAUUAACAAACAAAGGCCCAUCGGGUUCCGGGCAAUAAUGGUGCGGAACGAAUCGCUCGUCGUGAUGGUGGUAGGUUAAGACACGCAAUCCACCGAGUUGGCAAAGGUGCACGUGUAUGUGUCAGUGGUGCUUUGAAGAAUAAGAUUUGAAGAAAAAAAGGGCAAUGCAAUCGGCAGUUGAUUCCAUUCGAUAGAGCAUUUUCGGUUUCGAAAGGGAAAUCAAGAUUCAUGAUGUACCGCAAUCACCGCGAAUGAAGGAAGAUCCCCCGGUUACGCAAUUCGAGCUCAAGCUGCGCGUGAUCUUGUGUCUGUGUGUUGUGGCAAAAGAGAAACAGAAACCAGUUGAAAAUUUGCGGAUGAGUGCUUAAUUAAAUACGCACGCUAACCGCGCUCAAGUGGAAUAUCGUAGUGAUUUUUCGCCUCGUCAAAGAGGAAGAAAGAGGCAACCGUCAGAGCAGGAAGGCAAAUGUUUAUCCAUUCCAUCAUCAAGUGAAGAUAAUCGCCAGAAGAUUAGAGCAAAUUGGAACCCAGAUUGAGCGGCUGGUGUCUGGCAGCUGGUAAAUUCCUACUGAUUGCCGUCUUGUAACUUUUCCCCCUCGCUUACCGGCGGCCCACCCAUACUUGGUGCCAUAGAUAUACUUGGGGGCCGUAACGGCAUACUUAAACAAUCAGCACACCGGCGAGCUUCUAAUUAUUAAUUUCGGUGCAGCCGGUGCUGGGUGAACCAACCAAGCCGAACAAGCGCGCGUAGACCAGCAACCGAGGCGGUAUCGCAUUUUUCGUGGACAAGAUUCUAUCAACAAAAGGCCGCCAACCUGGAACUCAUGGAAUUAGAGAAUAUCGUGGCCAACACGGUCUACCUAAAGGCGCGCGAAGGAGGGUCCGAUAGCAAUAAGGGUAAAAGCAAGAAAUGGCGUAAAAUUCUCCAGUUUCCACACAUAUCGCAAUGUAUAGAUCUCAAGAACAAAAUAGAUGUAAGUUAUGGUUACGUAGUUGAUCAGCAGCCAAUCGGACGGGAGCUGUUUUACCAGUUCUGCAAGAUUAAGCGACCCGAGUAUUCUCGGUACAUUUCGUUCCUGGACGAUGCCUCGAGGUAUGAAAUCGCGGCCGACGAGAAUCGCGUCGAUCUGGCGUUCGAUGUGGUCAAACGGUACCUGGGCCUGUGCAUCGACAGCAGUCACGCAACCGAGGACAGUGGUGGCGGAGGAGGCGACGGGGACGAUGGGAAAUGUGAUGACGACAGUGGCAUCGGUGGCGACACGAAAAAGCUCAGCAACCACCACGACGAUGCGAUCGAGAAGAAGAGCCUAACCGGGUCGAACUCGCUGACCAACACCGGCAACACCGUCAGCACCGCCAACGCCAAUGCUAGCCAGAAUGCAAACGCCAUCAGGAAAAGCACCGAUGACGACGAAUACGUGCUGGACAUCCUGAACGACGAUAUUGUGGCGCAAGUUCGGAGUAAAUUGUCCGUUGGAAGCAAAGAGCUGUUUGAAGCGUCAAUCCUGGCGGUGAAAACAUUUCUGGAAGGUGAACCGUUCCGGGAAUUCGAAGCGUCUAUGUAUUUUCACCGAUACCUACAGUGGAAAUGGUUGGAAGCACAACCGGUUACUUACAAAACAUUUCGCAUGUACCGAGUCUUGGGCAAAGGUGGUUUCGGCGAAGUGUGCGCAUGUCAGGUUCGUGCCACUGGCAAAAUGUACGCCUGUAAAAAGCUCGAGAAGAAGCGUAUAAAAAAGCGAAAAGGCGAGUCUAUGGUGCUGAUUGAGAAACAGAUCCUGCAGAAAAUCAAUUCCCGUUUCGUGGUUAACCUAGCGUACGCUUACGAAACCAAGGAUGCGCUCUGUAUCGUACUGACGAUUAUGAAUGGUGGUGAUCUCAAAUUUCACAUCUACAACAUGGGUGGCGAUCCCGGCUUCGAACUCAACCGAGCACGAUUCUAUGCCGCUGAAGUGGUCUGCGGGUUGGAGCAUCUUCAUCGGAUGGGUAUCGUGUAUCGGGACUGUAAACCGGAAAACAUAUUGCUGGACGAUCAUGGACAUGUGCGGAUAUCGGAUCUAGGCUUGGCAGUGGAAAUCCCCGAGGGCGAAAUGGUCAGGGGGAGGGUCGGCACCGUCGGUUAUAUGGCUCCCGAGGUAAUCGAUAACGAGAAGUAUGCUUUCUCGCCGGAUUGGUUCAGUUUCGGGUGUCUGCUGUAUGAGAUGAUCGAAGGACAGGCGCCGUUCCGCGCCCGCAAGGAAAAGGUUAAACGAGAGGAAGUGGAUCGACGAGUUAAGGAGGAUGCCGAAAAAUACUCGCACAAAUUCAGCGACGAUGCCAAAUCUCUGUGCCAACAGUUACUAAUGAAGGCGGUCAAAAAUCGAUUGGGCUGCCGGAGCGGCCGACAAGGAGCUCGCGAAAUUAAGCUGCACUCAUUCUUCAACAGUAUUAACUGGAAACGGCUGGAAGCGGGACUGGUGGAGCCACCGUUCGUUCCUGACCCCCACGCGGUUUAUGCCAAAGACGUGCUCGAUAUCGAGCAAUUUUCCACGGUGAAGGGAGUGAAUCUGGACGCUACGGAUGAAAAUUUCUACUCGAAGUUCAACACGGGCUCGGUGUCCAUACCGUGGCAGAACGAGAUGAUCGAAACCGAGUGCUUCCGGGAGCUGAACGUGUUCGGUCAGGACGAAUGCCCUACGCCAGAUUUGCUCAUCAAUGCACCGCCGGUGGUUGAGAAGCCGGGAUGCUUCCCGUUCCGGAGAAAGAAGAAACAAUCCGCCCGAGAGAAACCGGUCCCGUUCAACGAGAAGCUGCUAUCGUCUAGUCAAACCACAGUUACAAUUAGUCAGGCCCAGAACGAAAGCUGAUAGUGUGGAGAGGAAAGUAGGCCAUCAAUUGCCGUCUCAGUGGCCGCUGGCAACGGUUACAGCAGCGACAACAUAAACACACAAAAAAUAGCAGAUGCACAAGAAUGAAGAUGAAAACAACACAAACGGUUAAGAUACUAACAAAAAUUUCAACUAUAGCGAACCUUUCGGGAGGAGACCAUACGCGCAAACUUACCUAUAAAAUGUGCGAUAGCUGUUGAAAGCAAAAAAAAAACAAAACAAAAGAAAAACUACAGACGAUAGCACAAAUGGAACGGCACGAAUCCUUCGAUUUUAGCUCCCAAUUAGAUAAGAAAAAAUUCUCUCGAUUUUCCCACGGGAGAACAAAGCGGUGAAAAGCCACCCUGUUUAUGCAAUGCAGACUAAGAAGAAUGGGGAAAGAAUAAGAGAUUUUAACGUACAUACAUGUUAUUUUUUUAGCCAGCCACUCACAUGCAGCGAUAAUUUGUUAUUUAUUUUAACAAGAAUUUAGGUUAAUCUUAAGCGAACUUAUUUCUGUAAAUAUUUGUUUCUUGCUUAGUUAAAAUAUUCUCUUCCUUCUAUUUUAGAGUUUAGUAGCAUUAUUGAAGCGACGUGAUUUUUUUAUCAUUGAUAUAGUUUAGUAAUUACGGGAGAGAGAGAAAUGUACAUUGCUACAAUGUAUAAGAUUUAAUAUAAGAUAACAGCAUUAACUCAUACGUGUUUUUGUAAGAGGAAACCGGAAGGCUAAGCUUAUUGUCACCCGUCAGCUGUAGGACUGACGGGAGAUGUGAUAGUAAAUGAAGAUGUAGCUUACUUUUUAGAGCGCAAGAAAAUGAACCCGAGGAGAUUGCCGGUUUUUAUAGGAAACAAAAAACUAGGCAAACGAACAUGUGGAAGCUACGAAACAACCUAACGUUUUUAUCUUCUCUGUUUGGCACAAAACUAAGGCAACAGCAAACAAAACAAAUGGCAGAAACAACUGUUUUUCAGCGUAACAAAAAUAGAGCGCAACUUAGUCAUAUACUCAUUGAACCACUUUCCGCUAGUAGCACUCAAUUCUAGAUUUAAUGCACGCACAUACACAAGCACAAAUUUGUUGACGAUUUUGCGAAACUGUAUAGAAAAAUUCGAUUUCUGGCGGGAUGUUGGAACUAAUAGCAGCACUUCCGAGGGAAGUCGAAUUUCGGAGACAAGAAAAAAAAAAUAACGAAAUACCUAUACAUAUACAACUACAUGCUUGAUUUAUUGUUUCAGUUACUCAUCAGAUAUCGUUAUAUGGGCAUGCCAACGAAACUUCUACAGAAUAUUAGUGGUGGUGCACUUUUCGCCUAGGAUGAUUGUAUUAUUGGAGAAGAAUUUUUCCAUAACUCCAAAUGGUGCCAAUAACAAGAUGGAGGAGGCGGGAAAUGAAUAAUCUGUCGCCGCACCCCAGCCUCUGGGUAGUAUUGAAUCAUGGUCGAAUUUUUCAGGAUCAUCAAUUAACCACUUAGCAGGUCUGGGAAGUUAAAUACUGUUUUUGUGCUCACUCCGCCCUAAAGGGUCUUCGGUUCGAGGCAUCAACAAUUGUAAAUACCACGAAAAAUGGCACACCUAUUUGUAAAAUAAUUGGUGUGAGACCCUGUACGUAAUUUUGCUGACCAUUAUUCUAGGUUGGAAAGGAUGGUCUACGGAAGUUUCCGAAAGAAAUCCUGUACAUGAACCAGGAGAAGGGUGAAUGCGUUAUCUGUUUGUAAAUUGCAUUAUCACCACAGAGAACAGAGCUUGAUUAAAUUUCCAUGAAAAAUCUGUGUAAACAUUUAAAUGAAAAUACGUUGAAAUUCAUCGUGAAUCAUCGUUGUAUUCAAGUCUGCAUGCAAGACCCGCAGCAUUUGUUGGCUGAUCGUACCACCGGUUGGUGGCAAGUUGCUACUUGUUGAUAAUAUUUCAAAACGACAGUUUUAUUUCUUAUGGGAUUUUAGAUUAGUGUGCACCGGUGUAGUGGAGUGCACUGGUUUUGCACUUUCUAGCAGAAGUGCCAAUGGAACAUACCCAGUUUUCUGCACUGUAGCUGGAAAGUGAUGGUGCACUCCAUUAUACACAUUUAAAACUUGUACUCUAGUUCUCAGUGCUAUCAUCUACACAACUAAAUGGGACGCGAAGUGCUUGCUCAAAGAUGGAAAAAUUAAUUAAUGCUAAACUGGAGAUUAGCUGGCGAAAGGCUUCUGGUAUUCCAUAGAAUAUUAGCACAGAUAGUAUAUGCUUAGAUUCGUAAUGUAAUUGCCAUUUUAAAUGAUCCUAUGAGAGGUUGACACACAUUAAACAAACCUUUGCAGAUAGCGCAACGACAGACGCUAUUGAAUAAAAUAUGUCUUAUUUUUCCUAACACUAGUUCGUUUGGAACACACUCGCUGCAAGUUAUGUUCACAAUGUCGGUUUUCGGUUGAACUUCAAACAGUAUGUCUUCUUCUAGCUGAAAUUGGUUUGGUCAACACAUUUGGAAUGACUGUGUGGCGAACAAUAGAGUAGAUGACAGUAGUGAACCACUGAUUUCCAGCGUAUGUCGAUUUGCAAGUUUACACAGAUUUUAAAACAAAUUCUGCUCUGCUUUUACCUGUGGUAGGUAUUCGUAAGGUAUCUUCAGAAAUUUGUCAUAAAAGAGUUCUAAUACGAUGUCUUUUGAAUUUUUGGGUGAGUAAUCUACAGCCACCGAAUGCAGCAGGUGUCACACAUGAUGGUAUCGUAAUAUUUUAUUCUCAAAUUCUUUACACGAAAACAGAAAAACGUGUACAAAACUGUUGAACACAAUUUUCUCAUCCAAUAAUAAAGCAAAAAUAAUUCUACAUGGAUGUGAAACAACAAAACAAAAAGCUAUUAGACGUGUUAGAGUCUUUUUUUUUAUAAAACAGAUUAAGUGAACAUGAUAUUGUUGCCGACCAGAAAUUCAAUUAGGCAGCAAAAUUGAAUAAGCUCAUUGGAGGUGAAUGAAAAUACAAGUCCAAGGAAUUUAGUUCAACUAACCGCGUCACACACAGACCACUGCUAAGUGAAAAAGUGAAAAAAAUGUAAUAAGGCUAACAGUCAACUGAUAAUCAUUACUAUUAGAGUGAAAAAGCAUUUAGCGCAAAAAAUCAUUCUACCGAAGAUGAACGUGAGCAGUAUUAUUGGGACUAGAGCACAUUUGCAUGUACCAAAACAUGAAUCAAAACAACUAAAAAUUUGAAAAGAAAAUCUCGACGCGUAUAUUGGCAUUAGGAAACUAGCUCAAAACGAAACCAACUAACGUUCCCACGAAAACAAACACUCAAUUUUUUUAUAUCGAAAGGUCAACCUUCACGAAUCGGGUUUUAUAUGAUAUGAAGCUUAAAACUAGCAGCUAGUCGUCGUUAUUUCAACAAGGAUAGAAUGUCAUACUAGAACACGACUAUUCCAAAGACAUUAACCCGUUACUUCGCCGCAAAAAUUAGUAGAGACACAAACCGGUAUCCCGCUUUCACCUAACUAUUAUCAGAACAAUCGUCACGGAAAACAGCGUCUGUUAAAAACUAACUGCCCUCGAAUCUUCUUGUUGAUGUUUUGUUUUAAAUAUUCUCGCGAGACCACCAAUUGCCAAUUACCCGAACACUAUUUGCGUAUGCCAUGUUUUGUCAAUCACAAUCGCCAAUUACCAACAAUCAACAAUUCCCAGAGGUUUCAACCUUUAAAACAAACAAAAAAAAAAUCAAAGUAAGGAAAAGGUAAACUCAACAAUCGUGUUUUAUUUGGAUUUUCAACUCUACCGUUUAAUCAGCUUCGUUUUUUACGACUGCUCGUGAUUUUAAUUGGAAAGCAUCUAUUGUAAAAGUGAAGUAGAAAAAAAAAACAAACUAAUCGAUGAUACUAUGACAGAACGUUAUUGGAGUACUAACUUAUUAACUACGAAACACAUUAUACAAACCUAUGAAAAUCUAAUAGAUUGAAGUGGACGGAUUAUUAGCAAGCGGAAAUUAAAAAAUAAAAUGAUAUGUAAAUUUAAGCAACUAGUAAAAUGUAACUGAAAUAAUGUA